AUGCUCUUACUCCCACUCCUUCUGCGGUUCGCAUUGCGGCCUUCACCGCCCGCACUCAUCGCUGUGCGCCCCUCCGCGCCCCUAUCCCCUUACAGGAGCGCUCGUCCUCGGGCUGCUCUUCGCGUCCGCGCUCCUCACUCUCGCCGCCCGACCGAAAUGGGCAGCGACGACGAGUCGUUCGACCUGCAGGUGACUGCCGAGGUCACGGAGCUCCCAGAGCCGCCGGUGGGGAUUGUGAUCGGAAAGGGCAAGUUCGGCAGCAACACGGGAGUCUCGUGGUACAUCAACAAGCCGUGGAGCGGCGGCGGCGGCUCAUACAAGCUCGACUUCAAGCUGACGGCCAUUGAGAAGAUCAAGCCACGUGGCGGCAGCGGCACGGUUCUGGAGGUGCUCCAGGCUGUGGAUAAGGGUGUCGUGUCGGAUUACUACACCGCUGUUCUCACCAAGUCGACCAGGAAAUCCGGUGGCCUCGUUGGUGGCGGGUUCGUCAAGGGCUUCCCCAAUAUUCUGCCCAUGUUCAGCUGCUAA